GACCUCAUGUACUGUCGAUUACACAUCCAUAUCAUAUCCACGUGUUCAAAAGACAAUAAUUAUGGAAGUCAGCCGUGAAGAAGAAGAUGAUGAUGUAGUUGUGGACAUAUCUAGCUGGUGUGACUUCUUCUCAGAAGUUUCUAGGUUUGUGGACAUGCUUGAGAGGCAGUACGGCUUGGCAAACGUGGCCUUCACUGAGUAUGCUGUUUUGAGGAUCUCAACAACUAUCAGAAGCCUGCAGAGUAUAGAAGAAGCAUUGAUCGCUCAUGAAAACUCCGAUGAUUUAGAGGAAAUAAUUGGUUAUGUAAACGAGCUUUCUGACAUUUUAAUGGUGCUACAAUCUGUUUGGAGUAGUUAUGAGGAGGCCAUGAAGAAUACCUCGGUGGUACAACGAGUACCACCUACUGUUGGUAAUGGUAGAGGAAGGCCACGGUUUGACAUAACACAGGAACAAAUUGAAUAUCUUCGCUAUCUAUCAUUUAGCUGGAGUUCAAUUUCCUCGUUGUUAGGAGUAUCAAGAAUGACACUUUACCGGAGAAAAAAACAAUUUGGCAUUUCUUCAACAAAUUCGUCUCUGACUGAUUCUGAGUUGGACGAGCGUAUUCUUGAGAUCCGUAGAGAGCUACCAUACAGUGGUGAAACAAUUGUUAUGGGAAGAUUAAGAAGUAUUCAGUGCUGUAUUCCGCGUAAGCGUGUCAGGGAAAGUAUCCGACGAAUUGACCCACUGAACACUCCUUUACGAUGGGGAAGGAAUCGACACUCAAGAAGACCAUAUUCUGUUCCGGGUCCUAACUGCUUGUGGCAUUUAGAUGGUCAUCACAAGCUGAUAAGAUGGCGUCUAGUGACCCAUGGAGGCAUUGACGGUUACUCCCGCCUGAUUGUCUACCUCCACUGCAGCUCAAACAACAAGGCAUCAACGGUUUAUAAGUAUUUUUUGUCAGCAGUUGAGGAGAACGGUCUCCCAUCACGUGUGCGUACAGAUUGUGGAUUGGAGAAUUUUGAAGUCGCUCAUCACAUGCUACAACAUCGUGGUCUUAACAGAGGUAGCAUAAUCACUGGUAGUUCCACGCAUAAUCAGCGAAUUGAGCGGCUAUGGCGUGAUGUUCACGGUGCUGUCACGAAAUUGUAUUACGAACUGUUUUACCACUUGGAGGAGUGUGGACUCUUAGACCCUCUAAAUGACAUGCACCUCUUCUGUCUUCAUUAUGUGUACCUACCACGCAUAAAUAGGGCCCUGGGUAUUUUCAAGUGUGCUUGGAACAAUCAUGGAGUACGCACGAUGCACAAUGCCACACCUCAACAGCUAUUCACGGAAGGUGCCCUUCGUAUGCACAUUUCUGGAUUGAACCCAGUUGAGUAUCCCAACAGUGAGUAUUCUGAGUACGGUGUUGAAGAACUUCAUGCCGAUGAAAGUGAUGAUAACUCUGACUUGGAAGGUGUUCAUGUCCCUCAAAUGGAUGCUAACAAUCAAUAUUCUCAUCUUAUCGAAUUUGUGAGCAAUCAAGUCAAUCCACUUGCUGAAAGUGACAGUCUUGCUAUUGAUAUUUACCAGCGUGUGCUGCGAACAAUUGAACAAUCUAUUAACAAUAUAACCUAGCUGACUUUGUUCAUAUAUAUAUACUCACAUAUAGACAUCACUUGUUUGUCAGUUUGUAUUAUUGUGCAUGUGAUUGA